AGUCGGACUCUGACUCUGGAGAUCAUGUUCAGGUUGCUGCCGUUGCUGUUGCUGUGGAUAUGGACGGCGUCAGCGCUGCUCAGGGUUCCUCUGAGGAGGAACCCCACGAUUCGAACCCAGAUGCGAGCUGAGGGUCUACUGGAUCAGUUCCUGAAGGAUAACCAACCUGACACGUUCAAUCGUCGUUAUGCUCAGUGCUUCCCGCCCGGGACGCAGUCGCUGAGGCUUGGACGCUCCAGCGAGAAGAUCUACAACUUUAUGGACGCCCAGUACUACGGGGAAAUCCGUCUGGGAACUCCAGAACAGAACUUCUCUGUGAUUUUUGACACCGGAUCUUCUGAUCUGUGGGUUCCAUCAUCCUACUGUGUCAGCCAGGCCUGUGCGUUCCACAGACACUUCAAGGCUUUCAAGUCGUCCUCCUUCCAUCAUGAUGGCCGUACCUUUGGGAUUCACUACGGAUCCGGACAUCUCCUUGGAGUUAUGGGCAAAGACACUCUAAGGAUCGGUAAUCUGACCGUCCUCAACCAAGAGUUUGGAGAGUCUGUGUAUGAACCCGGCUCCACCUUUGUCACAGCAAAGUUCGACGGAGUUUUGGGUCUGGCCUACCCCUCCCUGGCAGAAAUCAUUGGAAAGCCUGUUUUUGACAACAUGUUGGCGCAGAAGAUCCUGGACGAGCCCAUCUUCUCUUUCUACCUCAGCAGGAGUAAGAGUAAAAGUGUCCCAGAAGGACAACUGCUACUCGGUGGAACCGAUGAGAGUCUCUACAGCGGACCCAUCAACUGGGUACCUGUAACUAUAAAGGGAUACUGGCAGAUCAGAAUGGACAGUGUAUCUGUGCAGGGUGUGAGUUCCUUAUGCCGGCGUGGAUGUGAGGCCAUCGUUGACACUGGGACGUCCCUCAUUGCUGGACCGCCCAGAGAAAUCCUGAGACUCCAUCAGCUCAUUGGAGCAACACCCACACACUUUGGUGAUUUUGUUGUGGAUUGUGCCAGAUUGUCUAGUUUGCCUCAUGUGACCUUUGUCCUGGGGGAAGUGGAGUACACACUAACCUCUGAGCACUACAUCAGGAAGGAGACGUUCAGCAGCAGAGAGCUCUGCUUCACCGGUUUCAUGGCCGCAGAGAUGUUUUCUGCUGACGGUCCGCUGUGGAUUCUGGGAGAUGUUUUCCUCACUCAGUACUACACCAUCUUUGACAAAGGACAGGACAGAGUCGGCUUUGCUCGAGCCAAACACGCCGUCGAAGAGUCACAGUUUGAUCAAUAAAGGAUGUUCCACCCAAAA